AUGAAGAACCAGCAACAACACCACCAACCAAUCUCAACAGCUAAACCAUUUAAUUUCCAAAUUUAUCUCCAUAAACUCAUCAUCUAUUUUCUUUUCCUUGGCUCUGGUCUAACCAUUGGAAUAACACUAAGUUUUUACCUCAAAGACCUUCCAUUCGGGUUCCAAUUCAAUCAAUUCUCUCUCCAAUCAUCCCCAACAUCAUUACCUCCUCCACCUUCAUUGCCACAACAAAAUCUUUCAUCUCCCAAUUUUCCAAUUCCGACAAAAAGUAACAGCCGAAUUGGCCUAAAAGAAUAUUUAAAGGUGCCAAACGCAAUGCAUGACAUGGAAGAUGAGGAGUUGCUUUGGAGAGCUUCAAUGGUUCCUCGGAUUCGAAACCUUCCUUUCCGGCGAGUCCCGAAGGUUGCUUUCAUGUUUUUAACAAGAGGGGAUUUGCCAUUGGCUCCUCUUUGGGAGAGAUUUUUCAAGGGGCAUGAAGGGCUUUACUCCAUAUAUGUACAUCCUCAACCAUCCUUCAAUGGAACAGUGCCUGAGGAUUCUGUUUUUCAUGGCCGGAGAAUCCCAAGUAAGGUACGUUAA